AUGUCCGUCAAGCAGGUCGACUAUGCCACCACCCACCACCAGAGGAACCAGUCUACAAUAUUAUCCGACCCCACGAAGCCUGACAAUCUCAAUCAUCCAAAUCAAGCCGACUUCCCCAAGAAACAUCUCAGCUCUCGGCCUCAGUCAAGCCUCGAUCUCAUCAAAACUGACAUCGACAAGCCACUAGUGCUCACCCAAGAAGUCACAUCGGCAAUUCUGACAGAUGGAACGAACCCAGAGGAAGACCUGCCUCUGCUCGACCAGGCAGGACAGGAAAGCUUGAGCCAACUCCUGGACUCCAUCCCAGGCCAACUAGUCGAAUCGCCGCUGGCCAACAAGAUCCCUGAAUGGUACAAGGUCGGCUGGGCCGCCCAGAUCGAGUCUGCCGAUCCGUCCAAGUCGGAUCCCGACGAGGCCAAACAUGUAGACCUGCUGGAAACUUUCCUGAGCGAAGUUUAUUACGGAACAUGGUUUCAUAAUGCCGCCGUCAUCUUCUUUGCCGUCGCUGCUUCCCAUUACAUCACCCUCUUUGGAGGGGGAUGGUCUUCAUUGAUUAUCAUCCUCGCCAUCUGUACCACAUACUACACAACAAGUAUACGCAGACUAAGGAAGAACGUGCGCGGUGACAUUUCGAGAGAGCUGGCCAAGCAGAGGUUGUAUCAAGACCACGAGACCGUCGAUUGGCUAAACAACUUCUUGAACCGAUUCUGGUUGAUAUACGAACCUGUGCUAUCGGCCACCAUCGUUGCUUCAGUCGACCAGAUCCUCGUCGCGUCAACGCCCUCAUUCCUGGAAUCGAUUCGCAUGUCCACAUUCACCCUUGGAUCCAAAGCGCCUCGCAUCGACUUCAUCCGCUCCCAUCCCGAGACGGAGAACGACGUGGUGGUCAUGGACUGGAAGUUUGAUUUCACGCCGAACGAUAUCUCUGACCUGACUGCCAAGGCGGCCGCCGGGAAGAUCAAUCCCAAAAUCGUGCUCACUAUCCGCUUCGGGAAAGGCGUUAUCGGGGCUGCUAAAGACAUAGUCGUCGAGAAUAUCUCGUUCACUGGGACAAUCAGAAUUCGAAUCAAGCUCAUGAAUAACUUUCCACAUCUACAAUUGAUCGAUCUAUCCUUCCUGGAGAAGCCCGAGUUCGAUUUUAUUCUGAAGCCGAUUGGAUUUGACUUGAACAUGAUACCCGGUCUCUCUGGAUUCAUCGAAUCUCAAGUCCACGCCACCCUAGGCCCGAUGAUGUACGACCCUAACGUUUUCACCCUCAAUCUUGAGCAAAUGUUGGCUGGUGCACUGGUAGACUCGGCGGUCGGCGUUCUGCAGAUCACCGUCGCUAAUGCUCAGGGCUUGAAAGCUGUCAAGAUUGGCGGGGGCACACCAGACCCUUACGUCACCUUCUCCAUCGGGGCCCGUCUGAAUCUUGAUCGUACCAAAAUUAAACACAGUACACAGAGUCCAAAUUGGAAAAGUGUACAUUUCCUGCUGAUUCAUUCACUGAAUGACUUGUUAACGAUGGAGGUGAUGGAUUAUAACGAAGUCAGGAAGGAUACAUCUUUGGGGAUUGCUAGUAUCGACCUUCAAACGCUUGUGACUGAGCCCGAACAAGAAGGUCUGACAGUCCCGAUCAUACACCAAGGCAAACCACGAGGAGAGAUCCGGCUGAGCAUGGUAUACCACCCCUGUUUGGUACCCAAACAACUCGAAAAUGGAGAGACGGAACCGGUCCCAGAAACAACCGCAGGUGUUGCUCGUCUGGUGUUGCAUCAGGCUAAAGAACUAGACUACAAGCGUACAGGGACUAGCAACUUGUCACCGUUUGCGAAAAUCUACCUUAACGGGAAGCAGAUCCUCAAGACCCCGGUGAUCAAACGGACCAACAAUCCCGUUUACGAAGCGUUUACUGAGGUGCUGAUCUCCAGCAAGCCCGAUGCGGUUUUCACGAUCAACAUGUUUGAUGACCGUCAUGGAGAGGAUCCCAAGAUCGGCUCGGUGAACGUCAAGUUGACCGAGCUGCUCGAUCUCACGUCGGGCGAGCAAAAGCUCGACUGGUUCCCUCUCGUCGGCGCUAAAUCUGGCAAGCUCCGGAUCUCGGCCGUCUGGAAGGGGAUCAUGAUGGCCGGUGCAAUCAAUGGCGCUAGCGCUUACACCCCUCCCAUCGGCGUCCUCAGGUUCCAUUUUGAUAGGGCCGAGGAUCUCAAGAAUGUCGAGGCUUUGACUGGCGGGAAAAGCGACCCUUAUGUCCGCAUCAUGCGGUCCGGAAUCGUCUUGGCCAGGUCACAAAUCCAUAACAACGACCUGGAUCCCGUGUUCGAUGAGAUCAUUUACGUGCCCCUUCAUAGUCUCAAGGAUUCUUUCCGAUUAGAAGUGAUGGAUUAUCAGCAUCUCACCAAGGAUCGAUCUUUAGGACAUAUAGAUUUAGAGACUACCAAGUUGGUCACAUCAAUCAAAGAGGAAGGAAUGAACGUCUAUCAAUCUACAGGAAAGCACCAAUAUUCCGAGUAUUUGAAGCAAGAGGGGAAGAAAGCAUUGGUGAAAGGGAAGAUGAAUUUCACGGUCGAGUUUCAUGCUUGUAAACCGAUUAAAUUCAACCGCUUCGACACGCCGCCUUCGGAUGUCGACAAGAUGAAGACGGGUCAACAGUCUGACAAGGUCUCGACGCUGACCGAGUCGGAUGUCCAGUCGAUCACCCUAGUCAGCCCUGAUGGAAGUGCGCUGGUGAAUGGGAAGAGUCUGAAGGCGAAGGAAUCGCUCGAGAUGCUUGAAGACCGGGCUGCGCGCCAGACCGGAUACGACGUCCCCUCUGUCGACGGAAGUCCGAAAUCAAAGAGAUUGGACCCUGUCGGCUCCCAUCGCCAGACUAAACUUAGCAUCGACUCCCUCGCUUCGCAGCAUCGCCCCUUGCGCGACGACAAAAAUCCGUCUCCCCCCCUGCUCGAGUUGUCGAAAGACGAACUCCUUACUUACCAGUCUGGGAUCUUGGUCUUCAACAUCAUUGGUGGCGUCAUUGCUAGGAAAAAUGCCCGAUUGGAGUUCUUGUUUGAUGACGGUUAUUGGCCUUCAUAUUCGACGGAGCCAUCGAAAUCCACGAAUCCUAGAUGGGACGAGACCGGCGAAAGUUUCAUCCGAGAACUGGAUUGGUCGCGGUGUAUCCUGAAGCUCAAUGUGGCCGAUAAAGACACUCGCGAGGAAGUGUAUGCUGAAUACACCAGUGAUCUCAAGGACUUCCUGAACGAUUGCUUGGACGGGCCUCAUGAGUUCGUCUUGCAAGAUCUGGAAGGCGGUAAUCGCAGCACGAUUUCCAUCCAAUGCCGUUACAUACCCGUGCCGAUCACCCUAGAGCCUCGAGAAAGCAUCAACAAUAUGGGACUCUUAACUGUGAUGCUGGACCAUGCUAAGGAUUUGAUGGCUGCGGAUCGGAACGGCUAUUCGGAUCCGUAUGCCCAGUUUCUCUUGAAUGGCGCUAAGGUCUUCAAGAGUAGCGUGCAAAAGAAAACUCUUAACCCCAAAUGGACCGAAAGAUUUGAGGUUGAAAUUCCAUCAAGAGCUGGUGCCGAGUUUUACGUUCAUGUUUACGAUUGGGACAGAGUUGGGGCGAGUGAUAAGCUUGGGCAAGCCCGAAUUGAUUUAUCGAAUCUGGAGCCGAUGGUCCAGUCGACGGUCGUCGCCAAUCUAACUCAAGGCGAUAAGCAAAAGGGGCAAGUCCAGAUCCGGAUGACGUUUAGGCCGCACUUCAUCAGCCGCAGUCGACAGGCGACCUCGACCUUUACGGGUGGGUUUGGACGAGUAGCUACGGGGCUAGGCGGGACCGUGCUUUCGGCUGGAGCAGGUGUCGGACUGGGGGCCGCCAAAGGCGUCGGGACCGUCGGAGGCGGGGUCAUCAAAGGCGUUGGAGGGGUCGGCAAACUUGGCUAUGCCGGGAUCAGACGAGCCACAGGAAUGGGAAACAAACGGACAAGUGUGAUCGAUGAGGGCGUGCCGAAAGUGCCGAUCCUUGACUCAGAUUUGGGUCUCCCCCCGACAACCUCGGCCCAUGGGUCCCAAUCGAGGGUCGCGUCAGGCGAACUAGCAGCAGCAGCCCAAGCCACGAGUCCAUCGCCCUCCAAGGUGAACCUUGCGACAGAGGACUACAAGCUCAACAUUGUGAUCAUCGGCUUGGUCGGCUUGGAGAAUUCGGGAGGGAAAACAUACGUGCAUGUGAAAAGGAACGCGAAAGCGGUCUACGAUACCAAGGUGACCCGGCCUACGGGGACGACGCCGGGCCUAGAGUGGAAGGAGAUCUGCACAUUAGAUGCCAAGCUUGGGGUGGAAAGCGAGCUGGAGUUUGUGGUUUUUGAGAAGCGGAAGUUGGGUAAGGACCGGGAGAUGGGCAGUCUGCGACUGAAGCUGUGGGAGACGGUGGACCCGAUCCAAGGCCGGUUCGAGGCGGAGAUCGACCAGGCGAUCGACGACUCGUCCUCGUCGAGCGGCGGGGAAGCGGGCGUGGGUGCGGCCCAUCUGCGCCUGAAGCUCUCGAUCAUCGACGCCGGCUCUUCGACCAACGUCAGUAAAGAGAUCUACGCCCAUUCGCGCCGGUCCAUCAGUGCCGGAAACCACCCCUUCGGCGGCCUCUUCGGCCACCACCACAAGCCCUCCGACGACCACAACAUCCCCCAGCCCCCAACGACUCCCUCGGGCCCCUCCGAUGCCUUCCUGAGCCAUGAUCCCAACCCUUCUCCCGCUAAACCGCCCUCCAUCUUCGGCUCCAAGUCCCAGAAAUCGGUCGCCGGCGCUGCCGCGGGCAGGUUCUCCCUCCAUCGCCACCAUUGA